GUUGUAGUCGCGGUGAUAGUGGUGUGGAGAUUUUUGAAUCUGAUGUGGUUCCGACCAAAGAAGAUGGAGAAAUUGCUAAGAGCUCAAGGGCUCAAUGGCAGUUCAUACACAUUCAUGUAUGGAGACCUGAAAGAGAUGGCUCAAAUGGCCAUCCAAGCGAGAUCUAAACCCAUCGCUCUCAAAGAUGAUAUCGUACCUCGAGUUUUGCCCUUCGUUCAUAAGUCCAUCGCUACUUACGGUAAGAUUUGCUUUACAUGGAUGGGGCGAAGACCUAUGGUGCAUAUAACCGAACCUACCAUGAUAAGAGAGGUCUUGGCUAAUCAUUACCAAUUUCGAAGGUUGAGAGGCGGAAAUCCGUUAAUAAAGAUGCUAACGAAAGGGUUAGUAGAUGUCGAAGCUGAUCAAUGGGUCAAACACAGAAAAAUCAUCAAUCCUGCGUUUCAUAUCGAAAAGCUUAAGCAUAUGGUACCCAUGUUUUACGUGAGUUGCAAUGAGAUGAUAAAGAAAUGGGAAAGUUUGCUAAUCGAAGAAAGUUCAUGUGAAGUCGAUGUGUGGCCCUAUCUGCAAACGAUGUCCAGUGACGUGAUUUCAUGUACAGCGUUCGGUAGUAGUUCCGAAGAAGGGAAAAAGAUUUUUGAACUUCAACACGAAAUGAUAGGGUUGAUUAUGAAGUCUGCAAGAUCGACUUACAUUCCAGGAUCAAUGUUUUUGCCAACAAAACGCAACAAGAGGAUGAAAGAGAUAGACCAAAAGGUGAAAGCUUCGAUAAGGAGUAUUAUCGAUAGACGGGUUGUUGCAAUGAAAGCAGGGGAAAGCAAUCACGACGACCUUUUGGGAAUUCUUUUAAAUUCCAAUUACAAAGAAACUAAAAAGGGCACGAAUAAAACCUCUGGGUUAAGCAUCGAUGAAAUUAUUGAAGAGUGCAAGCUUUUCUAUUUUACAGGACAAGAAACUACGAGAGAUUUGUUAGUUUGGACCAUGGUCUUAUUGGGUCAGUACACGGAUUGGCAAGCACGUGCUAGAGAUGAAGUUUUACAAGUCUUCGGGGAUAAAAAACCAAAUUUUGAGAGAUUAAGUGAUCUGAAAGUCGUUAACAUGAUUUUCAACGAAGUUCUUCGGCUAUUUCCGCCAGGACCCUACUUAGGACGAGUAGUGCAUAAAGAAACCAAAUUAGGAAACAUAAUGUUACCGGCCGGUACGUUUCUUCAAAUGAAUAUAAUCCUCUUACAUCAUGAUCGUGAUAUAUGGGGUGACGACGCGAAGGAGUUCAAUCCUGAGAGAUUUUCCGAAGGUGUGUUAAAGGUGACGAAAGGACAAGCAUGUUACCUCCCGUUUGGUGGUGGCCCACGUAUAUGUAUCGGACAAAAUUUUGCUAUGCUAGAAGCAAAAAUGGCCCUCGUUAUGAUUCUACAACGUUUCUGUUUUGAGAUCUCCCCGUCAUACUCACAUGCGCCACAUGUUGUCAUCACGCUUCAACCUCAGUUUGGUGCUCAAUUGAUUUUACGGAGACUUUAAAUGUUUUAUACGUAUGUAUGGUGGGACUUGUUUCAAUCAUAUGAUGCUACA